AGAAGCCAUCGUUGAAAGCAAACGAAACGAUGAGGGAGUAUCACGUUUUGAGCGCCAUGGUGACGGAAGCGCCCCGUAAUCUGGGUCGACGCAUCUCUCGUCGGCUCAGCAUGUCGGUGGCUAAAGUGCCCACUUUUAUCCAGUCGAAAUUUCGCACCGACGUCGAUGUCGCCGAUUUCAGCUCCAGCGGAGGAGCUGGUGGAGGUGUCGCUAAUAAUAACGGCCAGUGGUGGCCCCAGCAGUUGAGACGAUCAAGGCCCGUCACUCUUCACAUCAUCUUGCCCAACGGAAUUGAACGCACGAUCACGUACGCUGGAAAGUGCACCGUCAGGCAGGCGGUCCAAUCGGUGGCGCUAGAGCUGCACAUUUGUGAAUUCCGGCUGCGCAUGAGCGACACCCUGGCCAUCGUUUCGCCCGCCGCUGAGGUCUCCCUCCUGGACGGCGACACUGUUCUACUGGAGGACGCCACCCGAGUGCGCGAUGAACGCGGAGAAACGGAUGCGCGGUUUCGACUGACGGAGGACUUGGUGGACGCCGAGCGCGAAUUCCUCGUCAGUUUGAGGACCAUCUACGACAUUUACGCCCGUCCGCUAAGAAAGCUCUGCUCCAUCAGCGACGACGAACAGAAGCAGCUGUUUGGCGGUAUCGAGCCCAUUCUAUCCGUCAGCAACAUGCUUCUCACCAAGCUGGAAGACGCCCUUGCUGCGUGGGACCCGCACGAGACCAAAAUCGGUUCGCUGUUUUCCAAACAGUUCUGGAACCAGUUCGACGACUACUUCCGUUUCUUCACGCACGCCAAGGAGUUGCUGAGGGAGAAACAGUGUCGCGACGAGGAGUUCAUCGAGAUUUGCAAACUGCGGCAGGGAGCCGCUCUGCACACGAUCGAUUCGCUGCUCGACCUACCGAUUCAGCGGUUGGCCAGUUAUGAGCGCUACUUUCAGGAUUUGCUGUGCGAGACGGGUGCUGAUCAUCCCGACCUUGACGACGUUCACAAAGCACGCGAUAAAGCUCAAGAGUUGGUAAAACGCUGCGAGGAGGAAAUCAAUCAGCUGGAUCGAGUGCAGAACUUGUUCCCCAACGAUCAACUCUAUCUCCACGACAAGGAUGCUCUCAGUCUGAAGAUGAAAGGUCUGAUCCGGAAGCGGUCAACGACGGCUGCUCGGCUACAAAGGGCCUUUUCGGCCAAGAGCCUACGCACUGCCGCCAGCAAUCCAACGGCGGUGAGCGUCACACCGUCGGGCUCCAACGGCAGCCCAGGCGGCAUCGAAAUGGCAGCCGAUAGCCCCGCCGUCCAUUCGUCGCCGGCUACGUCGACGUCUCUAACGACAACGCCCAACGCCAAUCAUAAAACUCCAGUCGAAAAGGAGAAGAGGCAGUUCAUCAUGGAAACAUCUGUUCAAUUCAUAAACGGAUUGCAGAGCCGCGAUCGUCAUUUGUUUCUAUUUAAUGAUUUGUUGCUGAUCGCCAAGGCCCGUUCUGGCGGCCAUUUCAAAUUGAAGGACAAGGUGCGCAUCUCUGAACUUUGGUUGUCUACCGCAAUCGAAGAAGUGGCAGAAGGAUCGGCCGGCAAAUCGCGCGACACUUCCUUCGUCAUUGGCUGGCCGCCUUCUGUCAAUUUGGUCGCCACUUUCAGUUCUGCAGCGUUGCGCGAUCUAUGGUGGAAUCGGCUUGGCCAGGCCGUCAAAGAUGAGCGGGAUAAAGAGCCUAAAACCACCACGAUCCAGAUCACGUACCACGACGCCGUCCAGGCUAUUGGAUAUACCAAGACAUUGUCGGUGAGUCCUACGGAGACGGUGCGCGAUGUCAUCAAACUGGCUCUAUCGCACCUGGAGAUGUCCGGAACGGCGGACAUAAACUCGUUCCGCUUGUGGCUGAAAACGGGAGGCAGCGCAGGUGGCGCCUUGACGUCAACGUCCAUCGAUAGCGACUCGUCGCCCUAUCCGCUCAUCGGCCACGAAUUGCCGUUCGCCAUCAAGAUGAACUGCUUACGCGAGUACAUCGGCCGCUCGGCCGUCGACAAUGACAACAGCAUCCACAUGGAAAGCAACGGCAACGGAUUGAGUAUGCCCAUUGAUAUGCUGGACCAUUGCAACAACAUCUACAACGCGGAUCCAGCCGCCCGUUGUCAGUUCAUCCUCAGAAGUGUGCAGAAACCCAGUUUUAAUGGCAGCGUACUGGGCAACGCGAAACAAGUGGUGGCGACCAAGACGAAUGGCGCCGGCGGCGCUGGCAAAGCCAAGAAAUCGCCGACGAGGAUACAGAAAGUGUUUCGCAGGGUACAAAGCAAACCGGACUCGCUGGAAACGAUUGGCGCCGCCAAUCCGACGUCUCCCACUUUAUUGGCCGCUGCCAAAGCUGGCGCUUUCUUUGGCCAGCCGCUGGCCAAAAUCUUUCCGCAAGCCGAUCAGCUGCCGCAGCCCAUAAUGGACAUGCUGCUCGAACUGAGGGCCAAAGGUCCGCACACGGUUGGCAUCUUCCGUAAAUCGGCCAACGCGCGACAGGUGCGCGAAAUCCGCGAGCGCAUCGACGCCAACGGUUCCAGGAUGGACUGGAGCGGCGUCAACGCGGUCGUCACGGCCGUCGUUUUCAAAGAUUUCCUGCGCUCGCUGCCCGACAGUCUCCUCUGUUCCGGCAUGUACGACCAGUGGCUCCAGGUGGCCGCUAUGGACGGCCAAGACUCGGCCCUCGAUAAAAUUAAAGGGUUGUGCGAUCGACUUCCCAGCGCUAACGUGACGCUGUUGCGCCAUUUCUUGUGCGUGCUGCUGCACAUCGUGGCCAAUUCUUCCCACAAUAUGAUGUCAGCGUCUAAUUUGGCCGUCUGCGUUGGGCCGAGCUUGCUCUGGGCGCCCGCCUCCACUGCCAACGCUUCCGCCGCCGCUGCGGCCCUGAAUCCGGCCCUGGCGCUCAGUGCCGAAGCCACGGCAUCCAAACAAGUGCCCGCCCUUGUGGCCGUUCUCAUUGACAAGUGCUCUAUCCUCUUCGGUGCCGAGACGGCCAAUUUGUUGAAUGACAAACCACCAGUAGCCACAUCCGCACCGGAAGCGCAGAACAGUAGAAGAGUGAGUUGUAACACGAAUGGCGUGACGACCAACGGUCACAGCCGGAGUCGCCAAGCUCCCGUACAGAAACACAUGGCCAGACAAGGAUUGAUGCAGCACGAUUCUGGCAAUGAAGAAUCAGACAGCUUGCAUAGCCUCUACCACUCGGAUGUCAUGCGUCGGGAUGAUUCAUCCAUCGACAGUUUGGAACGGGAACUGUUGAGUGACGGGCUCGAACACGACCAUCACCACGUUCAUUCGAUGCACCUGAGACGUGACAAGAUGUCGGUGACAAAUUUGUCACGCGAUUCCGGAUUGACGCUUUCUGACACGCAGCUCUACACACCGGACGAAGACAUGGAAGAAGGGAGCGAAUCGUCGUCGUCGGGCCGUGGAUCGGACCGCGACAAGUCCAGAAAUGGGAUCGUUCAGAUGCGAUCUCGUUCGACCACUGCGUCCGCCACCAUCGUGUCCAGUCGCAUGGAUCAAACCCGUUCCAUGUACGCAGUUCCGUCCAUCCGCAACGGAGACAAGAACGGAAUCCAAAAUGGCUCCAUCCGCCUAUUGGAUAGUUAUGGGAAAUUGAACGGCGGCCCGUCGAGUUACACACCCGUUUACAAUCAUUCACGUCCGGAUGCCGUCUAUCGCAAGAUGUCGGAUGACGCCGUCUACGCCGUACCCAAAGCCACUCCAACUGUCGUCCUGGGCGAAGAAUACCAGUCGUCCGGAUCGCAUUUCCAGCGGCAGGAUUGGUUCAGACGCAAGUCGCACAACCGCAAACAAUCGGGCGGAGUCAAAUUCGAUUCGCCCCCCAUGUCGGGCAUGAUGCUGCGCCGCAGCGCAUCCGACGAAAGCCUGGCCAAUGUCAAUCAAUCGUCGGAGAUCCAUUAUCAUCAGAAUUACAAGAAACCGGCCGCUCAUCGCAAAGGGCGGGCUCCUGCUCCGCCCGUCGGCAGCCGAAUGGCCAUGGAUUGCAUGGAACUUUCCCGUCGAUCGAAGUCCGACGCCAAUCUCGAUCUUGAAGGCUUGCGUUUCUACGUAGACGAACCGGAUCGCCGUGCCAACGGGCAUAAAAGUCCAUCCUGCUCCGGCGGAUCCAUCCGUCCCAGUCAUUCCACACCGCACAUCACGGCCGAGGAGCAGGCCUCGACGGCCGAUCGGUCUUACGACUCCAGCACGCUCAGUGAUGACGACUCGACUCCGCACGUUAGCCGUUCCAAUUCGCGCGGAUCCAAAGAUUAUCGAGCCGUCAAUUCCGCCUGGGAGUCCACCUAUGGAGCACUAACCGUUCCGGUUCCAGCCCCCAUUCACAUCAUCGUAUCGCAGGAUGGCAUGGGAUCGAUUGUGUACCCCAGCAACGGAACACCGUCCACCAAACAUUCCAGCCGGUUGAGCAGUGGGAGUACCAACAGUUCCAGCAGGAUGGCGACGACGUCGACUCCGCACCAUGAACACAGAUCGAGGCAGGCAGAACGCCGGCCCGUCGUCAGUUGUGUGCCCGCGUCCAGCGGCUCUUCGUCUCGCCCUUCUCACUACGCCGCCACUCCGCCAACUGGGUCCAGCCGGUACGCCGAUUACGACACGGUCAUUUACGCGAGCAACGGCGGACGUCGUUCGCGCGAGCAGCGCCCCGAGGAUACCAGUCUCUAUUCGGUCCAUUCUAACGGCAGCGGGUCGCUGAGUGGAACGCCGGAUAUUCCCAGCUACGAGGAAGCUAUGAUGAGUAGGCGCCAGAGACACCAGGGCACACCAGUGACGGGCGGUACCAACUGGACAACGUGGAAAGAGAAAUCGAACAGCAGCAACAGCUUAAUUCAAGUGCGCGCCUCGCCGAUUCGCCUGAACAGCCAGCAGGCGGAAGAAUGCGGAUGGGAUGCUGACGGACACACGCCGCCGCCACUACCGCCCAAGAGCGAUCCGAUCCCUCCGCUUCCGCCUAAGCAGAAGAUCCACCUGCGUUCGAAUAAUCCCGUUCGGAUGCGCAUCAGCAAUGCGGCGCAAUCUCCUUCGUCCAGUCGGACGAGGCCGGUGACGAUUCACAUGGACGCUUCCAUCCUGUCGAGUUUGGACGGAAGCGGAACGUCGAGUCCGACUCAGCCUCCGUCGCUUCCGCGCAAAGAGCGCACCCGUGGCAACAACGUGAGCGUCGUUUCGAUAGAGAACAGCUACACUCCCCUGCAUCGCUCGUUCGCCUUUUCCACGCACAACCUCCGCACGGCCAUGGAGAACAACGCCGGACGCGAGGAUUGGACUUCUACCAAGGAGGACGAACAGGAAGCGGAAAUGAGUGACCAAGAGAGGAGAGUGGAUCAGGAGAUUCAAACGUCUGGACAUUGGGCUCAGUUUUGCGAAAUUGAGACGCAGACUUCUCUCUCACCGCAGCCCAGCCUGACUCCUUCCGGCUCCUCGGCCGACGAAGCGCCUCCGGCCAAGCUGACGGUCGGCCGCUACGAGAAGAACACUCGAGGUGUCAACAGACGACGAGAGGUUGCCGUGGAAACGGAACGCAGUCGUCCGAGAACCAAAGACUCCUCCACCGGCAGGGAUGGAUUGGGGCUUCACCGAUCUCACUCCCUCCCGCCGCUGGACAAGGUGUCGUCUGAAGACGGAUCGGACGACGAAGAUGUUGAAGAAGAGAAGCCAGACUUCCCGAAUCAGCCGCAACAGCAGACACCGAGCUCCGCUACUAGUCAGGCACUCCGGCGGGCAGAAAUCAGUUGGAGUGUCUCUCAACUACGGGCUCUCUUCAAUGGCGAUUCGAGCGUGUCCAGCGGUUCCAGCAUUCCGCCACCGUAUCGCUCUCCUCCUGCUCACCAGCAGCAGCAGCAGACGCGACAGCGAUCCGAAUCAACCGAUAGUUACGGAGAGGAAUCCUACGUUUGACCAUCAAACUUGUAACAUUCCAUCAUCACUGCAAGACGAUUGACUUCAUCAAAAAUUUGUAUUAUUCACCAGCGCGGCAGACGGAAAGACUUUCAACGUCCCCCCCGCCUCACAACCUUGACACUGUACACUUGAAAAAUGAAAAGAAAAGGAAAGGAAAGAAAAUGGAAAAGAGAGAAUGGGAUGAAAUAAGUUUAUCCUACUUCAUGUUUGAGAUUACCCGCUUCAGAUUUGCUCCAGAUCUACAAUAGUUAAGUGCUGCAAAUAUACAUUAUACAUAUAUACAUAAAAGUACAUAUUACAUACCUACAUACAUACACGCAUGCAUAUAUAAUUCUUUAAUGAUGUCAUUCUGCUCAACAUAACUCUUAAGAAGAAAGAAACCCACCCCCACAUGCUUCCAAGCACCAGGUUUUUUUUUUUGUUUUGUUUUUUUGUACAUACAGAACAGCUAUUUGGUUCAUCGGUCUCCCAAAAGAAAAAAGAAAAAAAAAAAGAGAAAAUUAACUGCCUUAAAAAAAAAAAGAAAGAACAUGAUUUCAUGGGAAUAUCCCUAAUAUUAUUAUUACCGUUUUCUACUCCCUCCUCUCGUGUUUUUUUUUUUGUAUUGAAUUUCAUAAUUUAAAAUAGCCACCAAGUUCGUGGAAUCUCGAAGUAGGAGAGCUUUUGUCCCUUGUUCUUGUGAAUUGAAAUGGCUGAAAACAUGCAAAAGUGCACUUUAUUCUUGUACAAUAUGUUCAACUUUUGUCAUAUGUGUAAUUCUUUAAAUACACAAUCCUUAUUUCCAUUUUUAAAA